CCUUCUAUCCCGCGGCUUCCUGUGGAUGUCUGUCAACGGAUUGUCGACCACAUAGCUACGAGACGGGAUGUCACUUUUCCUGGUGUAAAAGGCGAGCCACAUCUGAUCGCCCUCACAUCCUGCGCACUCGUAUGCCGAGAUUGGUAUCACCUGACGUGGUACCAUCUGCGUCAACGCAUCUAUCUACGAGACCGGAAGGACGUCCUCUCGCUCUCAAAGACACUCCGCGGAAGACCACGCCUCCGUGAGGUCGUUCAACAGGUCGUCAUAUCGGGUGCGUCUCCCGGGGAACGACAACCCAUCAGGCACCUGGGGACGUUGACCGUCAUGCUCGCGGGCAAAAUUCCUAGAUUGUCGAGGAUCAUCAUUGAAGAUGCGGAGUGGACCGUUGGCUCGGUCCGAAUGGAGGACAUCCGCUACCUAGCUGCAUUCAGCACAGUUUGGAAUCUAUGCAUUGCUAAUGUCACCUUGUCGAGCAUUGCUCAGCUGUCCCGCCUCGUUUCAGCUUUACCGGCGCUGAUAGCGUUACAAUGCAUGAACGUC